CUCCUUCCUGUCUCCGCCCUUGUGUUUUCGUCCAAUUCGCGAGCAGUGCGAGUUGUCGGAGAAGACAUCGCGAGGGAGGAAGGGAAAGAAAGAGGAAAAAGGAAAGGAGACAGUUAUCAGGGGAAAAGAAAGCAACAGCGACGAGUUCUAGUACGGCGAAAUCAUUGAAACGGUGUUCUCUGCGAAAUUGGUGAGCUCCAGCGAGCGAGCGAGGAAGAGGAAGAGACACGAGAGGAGUGCAAGUGGCGUAUCAAGAUGGCGCAUAAUUUGGCACCGAGCGUCAACUGCUCGCUCGACGACAUUGACCUGAACGCUUUGAAGGAGCCUGCUGGAAUCUUUGAGCUGAUCGAAGUAGUCGGCAAUGGAACGUACGGUCAAGUUUAUAAAGGUCGACACACUAAGACCGGUCAGCUGGCAGCCAUCAAGGUUAUGGACGUCACGGAGGAUGAAGAGGAAGAAAUCAAAUUGGAAAUAAAUGUACUCAAGCGGUACUCGAAUCAUAGGAAUAUAGCUACGUAUUACGGUGCCUUCGUAAAGAAGUCAUCACCUGGCAAGGACGAUCAAUUAUGGUUGGUUAUGGAAUAUUGCGGAGCUGGCUCCGUCACGGAUCUUGUCAAAUCGACCAAGGGCCAGAGCUUGAAAGAGGAGUGGAUAGCUUAUAUAUCGCGAGAAAUUCUGAGGGGACUUAGUUAUCUUCAUAGCAAUAAAGUUAUCCACAGGGAUAUCAAGGGACAAAAUGUUUUAUUGACUGAUAACGCGGAAGUCAAACUUGUUGAUUUCGGUGUUAGCGCACAACUAGACAGGACGAUAGGUAGAAGAAACACUUUUAUCGGCACACCUUACUGGAUGGCACCAGAAGUUAUUGCAUGCGACGAGAAUCCCGACGCUACUUAUGACAAUAGGAGCGAUCUUUGGUCGCUUGGAAUUACUGCUCUAGAAAUGGCUGAAUCACAACCACCGCUCUGUGAUCUACAUCCCAUGAGAGCUUUGUUUUUAAUUCCGCGUAAUCCACCGCCACGGCUCAAGUCUAAAAAGUGGGCCAAAAAGUUUCACGGAUUUAUUGAAACGGUGUUGGUGAAGGAUUAUCAUCAAAGACCUUAUACGGAACAGCUUCUUAAACAUCCGUUUAUACGGGACCAACCUACGGAGAGACAAGUCAGAAUACAACUUAAGGAUCACAUUGAUCGUUGUAAAAAGCGCAAACAGGAAAAAGAAAGAGAUGAUUAUCGAUACAGCGGGAGUGAGAACGAAGAAGAUGAACCGGCAUUAGCAGGCGAACCAUCGUCUAUAGUUCAAGCACCUGGAGGUGACACAUUGCGUCGUAAUUUCCAACAGAUUCAAGAAGGCAGAACUUUGAUGCAGGACGUACCCCCGCAAGCGCCCGCCGCUAAAGAAAAACCGGGAAGCAGAUCUCAGAGAGAGGUGCCAGAACCUGGACCACCUGCGAGACCUGCUAUACCACACAGACUCAUCGUGGUGCCCGAUCCGCAACCACCAUCUCGUCCAUUACCUCCGACACCCAGAGAUGAUCCUCGACAACCACACAAAGUAUCCACACCGCCUUCUAAUCAUCAGGCACCUGCUGGAGGAGGAGGAUCCGGCGGGCAGCCCGCGUCUCAAAGAAACAGUGUCUUCAAACCUAUGCUGCCACCGAAGAAGCCAGAGGACAUGGAGAUACUGGCUGCUCAACUCAUCGAGCUUGGUGUGUCGCAGGGCCCCGAGGCCCCGCCAAGGCCGAACAGGCAACAUAAAGGUCCUGCAACUUCGUCUACUUCGAAUUCGGUGCAGCCUGCAGGUGGUAACGAUCAGAACAACAAACAGAUGCCGCAAUCCUCCAGUAUUCUUGAUCAAGCACUGUCGAUUGAGAGUGACAGCGAUGAUGAUCUCGAGGAUGCUGGUGGAAACAAUUUGAGAAACGACGGUACUUUACUGGCCAGUGACCCGCCUAAGCCGCUUCCCGAAUUUUCUCCUUUCAGACCGUCAUCGGAUUCAUCGUCGUCGUCUUCGCACAACGCUCAAAAUUCCCAUCACGAGGACAAACCGAAAGGAGGAGCACCGAAUCGUCCGCUCCCACCGACUCCCGACGAAGAAGAAUCAGGAGAUCGUACGCUAGUCAUGAAACGAAAACUUAGUCAGAUGUCAGACGAUCGUGCAACAGCUAGCGGCAACCGACGUUCAGAGAUAGACGAGCAGCUUCUCUUGAAGGAGUGGGAUUUUACCCGCUUCUUUCAGGGUUUUAACGAAAAAUUGGAUAAAAUGAAACAGGAGCAUCAGCAAGAGGUAGCUGGUCAGGUGACGAGCAAGUCUGGAUCCAACGAGGAACGCUCUUCCUCGUCUAGCGAGAGAACAUUGAAGAGACAGGAGCAGUUAGCCCGAAGGAAACACGAGCAACAUCAUCAAAAGCAACAGCAACAAUUGAAACCGAUUCACAGGCGGCAGGAAAGUGACUCAAAACUGGGCAAUGCAUCGAGCGCUUUUGCGCGCGCUUUCCGCCGCGAGAACUCGGACUUCUUCCCAUCUGCGAGACACUCGGCGUAUUUGCAAAAAUCGGACUCCUCGCGAUCUAGUAUAUUCUCCAGCGGCAAUCGACGUGGCAGCGAGAUAAGCGUCGCCGGUAUCGUUGGUAAGAAAGGUGCCAACUCUGGGGAGCCGGUCUUGACGGACUUCUCGGUAUGUCGGGCUCCAGGGCCCAGGAGAGAAAAGACCGAGAGCGAGAUUGUCUUCGGUAAUAGGCACGAGGCGAAGCGGUACGAUUUCGGACGCGAUAAAGACGAAAACGCAAGAAGACGCAGUUGUAGACCCUCGGAUGGACCUACGGCGUUUGCCGUGGUCGACGAUGCGGGAACGAUUAAGUCUACGGCCAGUACAACGGCUAGCGAGUACAGCCCCAUUGUAACCCAGAAUCGCGAGAGUGGUGACCGUUCGAGAGGCGGAGGUGGCGGUGAUUUCCAGAGAUCGGAUUCGUCUCCAGGUUCACGGCCCAGCUCGGUCUUACCGGAUCUCUUGACUUCUUCACCAGGUCAACGGCAGGACAAGUCAACCAGCGAGGAGUAUCGACAAGCGGUGAAAUCACCUCCUCCAUUUGCGCUUCAACAGAAGCAGCGGUCUUUCCUGACUUUUGGAUUCGGAGCUGGUCCAGCGAGGAGAGAAUCCCAUGUGAACGUUAAUGUGACUCCCACAAGUCAUGAUUUAGCAUCGGACACACCUGAGAUACGCAAAUACAAAAAGCGAUUUAACAGCGAGAUUCUCUGCGCCGCAUUAUGGGGUGUAAAUCUAUUAAUUGGAACCGAGAACGGGUUGAUGUUAUUGGAUAGAAGCGGACAGGGUAAGGUUUACCAACUGAUCAGUAGAAGACGUUUUCAACAAAUGGAAGUUCUCGAGGGUCAAAAUAUCUUGGUUACGAUUAGCGGUAAGAAAAAUAGAGUCCGCGUCUACUAUCUUUCUUGGUUGAAGAGCAAAAUUUUACGGACGGAUGGUCAUAGUGACCAAGUUGAACGACGUAACGGUUGGAUCAACGUGGGUGAUCUGCAAGGUGCAGUACAUUUCAAAAUAGUGAAGUACGAAAGAAUAAAGUUUCUUGUGAUUGCAUUGAAGGAUUCCAUUGAGAUUUAUGCCUGGGCGCCGAAGCCGUACCACAAAUUUAUGGCUUUUAAGUCUUUCGGCGAACUUGCACACAGACCCUUAUUGGUUGAUCUCACAGUUGAAGAGGGUUCAAGAUUAAAAGUUAUUUACGGUAGCGCUGACGGAUUUCACGCGGUCGAUCUGGAUUCCGCUACGGUUUACGAUAUAUAUUUACCGAAACAUACCCAGGGUCCCAUUUGCCCACAUUGUAUAGUAGCGUUACCGAACAGUAACGGCAUGCAGUUGCUACUUUGUUACGAUAAUGAAGGUGUAUACGUAAAUACUUACGGCAGAGUAUCGAAGACAAUGGUUCUUCAGUGGGGCGAGAUGCCUACGAGCGUCGCGUACAUCGGUACAGGACAAAUUAUGGGUUGGGGUAACAAAGCGAUCGAAAUUAGGAGUGUGGAGAGCGGUCAUCUCGACGGUGUUUUCAUGCACAAGAAAGCUCAACGGCUCAAGUUCCUCUGUGAACGUAACGAUAAGGUAUUCUUUUCGUCGGCGAAAGGUGGUAGCUCGUGCCAGAUAUAUUUCAUGACUCUAAACAAACCGGGCAUGGCUAACUGGUGAUCCCGAAUGAGGCCGAAUCUGGCCCCAAGAUUAAUAUCUUCGCGAUUAUCCCCGUCGCACAAUCCUCUUCCGCGUGUAUCGGGAUACACAGCAUCGGCGCGCACCCUCGUCCGCUCCUCACUGCCAGGUCUCAGCGCCUUGGAAACUAGGAAGUGCGUACACCACAUUCAGCAUUUUUAUCAGCAUCAACAAGUACAGCAUUAUCAAUGUCAACGUCAUCGUCAUAAAUAUACACGUAAUCUUUCGUACAAUUAUAAUUACGAAGAAGAAGACGAAGAGUAUGAUGACAGGUCCCAACGAUGCGCUCGGUUUCCCUUGCGAAGCACAUCGGGAACGUUGACGAUCGUGAAUCUACUCGUCAAGAGAUUUCUCUGUUUUUUUACUUGCUCACCCUGCGGAUUACGCAGCGCGGCUUAACGUGCAGCCAAAAUGCAGAGUAAAUUCUCCCUCCUCUCCAAAAAAUAAAGAGUGUACGAAUACAUGAAUUAUUAUAUGCUGGUAAAUCGUAUCAAUAAUAUUCUGUGUAUCUUUUUUUCAAUAUAAAUUUAUCGCUCUAAUCACUACGAUAAGUCUGUACUUGUUUCAUCAGUAUGUAUACGUAAAUCUUAAUUCUCAAAGAACCUUAAAUAUUAAUAAAAAUGAGACAGAGUGUGUUUUACCGUGUUCGAUGAAUAGUUAAUAAUUAAGAGUGUUUUAUACGAAAGAUGAUUUAGAAUAACGUAAUAGAGUAUGAACUUGAUUUGUGCUGAUCUUUCUAAAAAUUGUGAGUAGAUAGUAAGAUGCGGCGUUGACGAAUUACCAGCUUGCAUAGCCGAUCGGCCGUGCCGUGCAACUGUUUUCAGUGUAAGGAAACUCGUGCAAUAUCACGGAUUGGUCUGUACAAAAAGAGACCCCUAUUCUAUAAGAGACUCUUUCCUUACUUGAAUCAAGGAUAUCCGAUACUUUGAUAAUCGAAUUACGAGUGUCGUAUAAAGAAUCAGAGAACUCGAGAAAUAAAAGAAAGGAAAAAAAGCGAAAGCUUGCAUAGUGCUCGAAAUCGUGAUUUUUUGUCCAAAUUUGUUAAUUUUUUUAGUGAAAACUUCUGGUGUGGUUCUAACGUAAUGUGUAGCGAUGUUCUUGUAAAAGCAGACGCGUUACGGCAGGCUGACAUCAUGAAUAAUGGAGAGAUGACAUAGUUAUGUACGACGCGAUAUCAUGAUAAAUUAAGAAUUAAGUGUGAGUAAUUACUAACGUUAAUUAAUUGUAUAGUUCUAGCAGCUGGGGAUUCUUUCCGCCGGCUCGUUGCGGACAAAGUAUGAUAACAAUGACGAAGAUGGAACAACGCGCGGGUAAAGACAUUUGACGAGUCGCAUUUUUACAAAUAAUAGAUUAUUUAUAUUGUACAAGUUUUGUGACGCACGAUGUCGGGACAUAAAAAUCUGAGAAUUCUUUCCUUUCUUUUUUCACGAUGUGUUUUCGGGUUUCAAAUAAUUCUUUUUACAUUUUUGACAUGAGAGACACAUUCAUACAACUUUUUCAUCGUGAUAUCGUUUGUCAACGAACAACACAUGGGCGAGAUCUGCAAGUUCAGUUUUUAUAAGAAAUUUGUAACUUAGAGAUGACAUGUGCUAAAAGAGAGAACAUUUUGCCUUUCCGUCUUCCUGCUCGUUCCUUAAUCGUAAAUUGGGAAUCUGUUCCGCUUUUGGAAGAAGCGUUAUUAUAGUCUGAUCUCACAUUAUUUCAAAGGUACUCUUCUCUCCUCUUAGAAAGGAAAUUCUUAAUAUAAUCAUUAUAUCGCUAUUUUUUUGAUGUCGGAUUAUCUUCGACCAAUUUAAGUCGACUUACGGUGUUAAUAAUAAAGAGGAAAAGAGUAAAUUUUCGAAUUACGCGAAAUUAUUUUGUUCACGUUAUUCAGCGGAACAUUCAAACGUGAACGCAAUUAGUAUACGUAAUGUUUGCGGAGGGAUUUUAUCAAUAUCGAAUCGAGUAACGUUAGAAAUUGUAGCGGAAGCGUAUUUAAUUAACGUUACCAACGUGACAUAGGAAUACAUGCGGCAAGAACUGACAUCCGGUCCAGAUAUCAUUGUAUCAACUGUGAAUAUUUGGGCGAGAACGAGGUGAUUGUGUGCGUGCGUGUUUGUAUGCGAGAGUAGCAUAUUGCAAUAAACAAAUGCAUUAUUUUAUUUAGCACAGUCAGGCUGACACUUGCUCGUUGCACAUCACUUCCAAGCGAGCUACUAAAAUGAUUGAUUUUGUCAUCGACCGUCGGAAUUUACAUCUUUUUAAGAAAAGUAUUAUGCAAUACGAUAUACAUACAUUACAAGACUUGCGUUACAAUUGGGUAAAACGCGCUAGUGAUUUCAAUUCGAAUAAUCCAGCAUACAUAGAUGUAACUGUUAUGUAAUAUAUACGUAAAUGUAAUGAUUUUAUAUUUACGUUACAUGGUAGUUAUAUUCGUGAUUUGCUGGGAAAUUAGGUCACAUGAAACAUUUGUACAUUUAUUUUUAAAUAAAUAAAUGUAUGAUGUGCACGUGACGCACAUAAAAAUAGAUAUAUUCUAACUUCGAUGAUUAACGAUUUCUCGAAUGCCGUCAAGGUGCGAGCGUUUUGUGGAUCGCCGAAGCUCUGUCAGUUGGUAGCGUACAACAUGAUAAUCUUUCGCUCGUAAUAAAACCUUUUUUACACUAUUAACGAGAAAGCACGGAAAGGGGCAGAGCUCUGCAUAGUGCUACGAAAAAAUUUUAAAUGGAUGAAGCUUUUUAUCACGCGAGGACUAAGAACAUGGGGCACACCAAACAAAAAAAGGAGAUAGAGAAGUAAUUUUUGGCAAAUGCACUUUUGAGCGGUUGUUUAUGAUUGGCAGGAUUUUGGAUAUAUUACUACGAUAAUAUUAUUAAUUAUCUUAAACUAGACCUGCGAAUUAAUUUUGUACGGAAAAAUUUUCCUCUUUACUUCCUUUUUUUUAUUCGAACCUUUUUACUCCUUUAUUUUAAGUUUUCAUGGUGUUCGCUACCUUACCCCUCUUUCUCACGCAUUGUCUCCCAAAGAUGGUAGUGAUUUUUUUACAGUAUAAUAAUAAUUGUCACCGCAAUUUAUUGAUUGUAUUAUUACGAUUACUACUUUUAGAAUUUUAUGAAAGAGGAGAAAUGUCACGAUCGUUAGACGCGAUGUACUAUGAUUACGACGCGACUAUUAUUAUUAUUAUUUUUAUUACUAUUCACACUAUUGCUAAGGUCAAAUAUAUGGACAUUCGUAAUUUCA